AUGAAUAAUAAUAGAUAUCAUGUUAAAUAUACAGAUGAAUUUGAUAAUCAAUCAACAUGGUGUCAUAGAAAUUGGUGUCGUCUAUUAAUUGUCAUUAUACUUGCUAUUUUAACAAUUGGUACUAUUUUCGAACUUAUUUUUGUAUUAAAUAAAGAUUAUGUUAAAGAAAAAGCAUUAGCUGAGAAGAAAAAAGGUUGGGUUAAAAAAUGGAAAAUAAUAGAACCAUAUAUUAAAAAAUUUUCAUUAGGAUUUCUUCUUGGUUUUAUACGAAAUCUUAUUGUAUUAGCAAUUGAAAGACAAGCUCAGUUUUAA